AGUGUCUACUUGCGGGUACACACAAGGGAGGGGAAGGGAAGGGAAGGGAAGAGAGGCGAACCGAAGCGAAGACCAACAGCUGUGGGCGGCCCUGCCUCCAACCCCAUCCGCCUCUCUUCGGAAGGCUUCUACACCCUUCGAUUCCCCUCUUCCCUUGUCAAAUUCCCGCUUCCUCCCGAUCUGCGAGCGUGCAUCUGCACGAAAGCUCUCAUCUUUGGUCGCUUCGCCCUGGGUAUCGAGAAAGAUCGGAUCUUUGGGGUGAGGAAAAGGCGUCUUUUUUGUGAGUUACCUUGGGCUUGGGGGCUGAGAAUUUGGUGGGAUUCGUUUGGAUGGAGAAGGAAUCGAAGGAGCAGAGAGCUCCGCCGCUGAGGGCGGCUCCGCCGGAGCGCGAUUUCCCGUUGCAGUGGGGAAGCUGCAAGCGCCUCCGCUGCGUUAAGGUCAGAGAGGAAGGCUCCCCGGGUAAAUCCGACGGGAGGAGGAGGGCUACGUCCCGGAUCAACCGCCGCAUCGUCAUCGGGGGCGACAGGGACUUCCCCACGCCGCGGUUUCGGCACCCCGCGCAACUCCCCCACAGGAGGUCCGAAUCCGUGGGUAGCGAGAACCAGAGAUCGCGGUCGGUGACGUCGUCGCCGGAGAAGGAGGAUCGGUGCUACACGACGAGGGGGUCGCUCAUGGCCCACGGAUGCGAAGGGGAAAACGGGGCGGCCGGCGGCGGAGGCGGCGGGGAUGAGAGAGGAGCGGCCGUGGCCCUGCCCAGGUUCUUUAUAUCCCUCUCCAACAAGGAGAAAGAAGAAGAUUUCAUGGCCAUGAAAGGCUGUAAGCUGCCACAGAGACCCAAGAAACGCUCCAAAUACAUCCAAAAAUGCAUACUUCUAGUGAGUCCAGGAGCAUGGCUGUCAGAUCUUUCCCAAGAGAGAUACGAGGUGAGGGAGAAGAAAGGAUCAAGAAAGCUCUUUCUCUCCGCAGAGAAAAAGGGGAUUGAAGGCGAUGAGUUUAGAGAGUGAUUCAGAAUGAAUCAAAGAGACUGAAAUCUUCCUUUUCCUUUUGUUGUUGAAUAAGACUUGCUCAGCUAAGUAUUGAAUAUGUAAUGUGUCCUUCCUCCCCUCACUCCUUUGGGGGGCAUGUUACUUGUUUCUUAGAUCAAGAAAUUUUGUAUCAACUAUUUGAAAUAAGUUCUUCAGCUAGUUGUCGAAUCA